AUGGCAGGCGCAGCCAAUAAGAGCCAGGAGGAUUCAAGUCAUUACUACGAUCAGUACCUUCCACAACUUCUCGAAAAUACAUUUGGUUCAACCUGGCUCGCUCCUUCCUCCUCCAAUGCUCUCCCGGCUUCGUCCCUCACAAGCAAUGUUCUCGAGAUCCUCUCUCUUGUCAAUUUAACAUCAUCUCACAUUGCUUUCUCAAAGCACAACAUCAUUGAUAUCACCCAAAGCCAUCACCACUCAUUUCUGGAUAUCACAAUCGACUCGUACCAACAUUCGAUACACCACCAGUGCAUGCUCACAUCCAAAGAGGCAUACGUAAGUCAUCUCUCUUCGGCGCGAGAACUAUGAGAUGAAAAGACUCACACAUUCUCCAUUAGGAACCAUGGAAGGCGGCUCACCAGGUGGAACACUUUCCCCGUCCGCCUCCCAACCACCCCCCGUCACAAUCUCUCCCCUCACCACCCCAUCACCACUCUCAAAACUUUCUUCCCGCCAAAGAUCACCGCAUUCCCACGAAUACGUCUACUGUCAUGAGAAAACAUGUCCACUCCAACAGGAAAUCCACUGCAUGUGCCUUAAGGAAUGUACAGCUGGAACAAAUAGCCAAAACAGCAGCAGGAGCAGCAGCUCUAUGGAUCAUCUUCCACCUCGCCAACAUGCACUAGCCAUCACAUACGAGAAGUUCCAAACCGAAACACCUUAUUUGGUGAAGGAUUCCCAUGUACCUCCCCCAGAUCCAGUUUCUGAUGAAGACUUGCCUCCCGAUUCCAGCAAUACGAAAGAUACGAAAAAUGGGGCCAUAUACUGGAGUCGCAAGAUUCUAGUGACGCUGAAGGACAAAGUUAUGCCAGCACUAAGUGGAACUGCGUUUGUGCCCUAUCUACCAGCAAAAGACAGGGGCAAAGGAGUUGAUAGAACGAGGACUUCGAGCACGGUAGCGGUGUAUGAGAAUUCUUUUGCCAAUACCCUGGUGGAUGAGCCUUAUCACCGAAAGCAAAAACAAGAAUGGAUCGAAGAUGUGGAUGCUCACUUGAAAAAGAGGAAGUUUUCAUUUAAUCUUCCCACUCUUGAUGGCGUUGCCUUCAGAGAUAUUGAUGAUUUUGGAAAUGUCAAACAGAGCGCAGAAUCUGCAAAGACUGGCGCGCCAGCUAUCUCUGUGGGAGGUCUUGUGGAUCAUGAGCCUAUCGACACUCGAUUCAUUGAGGAUCUUGACCGCAACGAAGAACCCCAAGAUUACAUGGCGGAAAGAGCAGCGGAUAAAGCCAAGCGGGAAGAGAUGAUGAACAAACUUCCGACGGUACACGAGCAUCAUGAAGAGACUCCUGUGGGGCUUACUGAAGAGAACAUCCCUCCACCCGCCAGAUUGGAAAGCAAUACUGCGUCACCAUGUAUUCCUGGGCCGUCCCGUAUGCCUAGUCUGCGUCUACCUUCAUCGAGACUAUCUUUUGGUUCGGAUCACCCUAGUGAAGAGCCAUUGACGGUUCCGAAUCCAAAUCCAAUCGCUUCGCAGGGUAACUCUCUGGAACGAUACCAUAGUAAAGCCGCAGAGCCACCACGCGGAGCAAACAAAACUCGUCGGGAUGCUAUAACCGGAGAUCUCGUAGACAUCAACGAUAUUAUCAAACCCGAUGAUGAGAAGUCGGAACAGGAAGAUGUGGGCAUCAAAGCUUGCGACCAACCAAGAAGAGUAUCAGAAUGGCUCAGAAAUGUGCCUAUGCCGCAGACCUGGAAGAAAAAACGCCAGGGAAGUACUCGGAGCCAUGCGACUUACGUUGGCCCGGACUCCUUGCCUGAUACUCCUACAAAUGAAUCCAAAUGUUCACAAAGUUCCACAAAGACUUCAAUGAAUUCGAUCAGACAGGCUCUGAAGGAGUGGAAACCAUUUCAACCCAGGAAGUCCCAAGACAAACCCGAUAGUUCUAGUGAUGAAAGUCCUAUCAGAGGGCGACCUCGACAACGUGUUGAUCGUUCUGCGAACGUACAGGUGAUGUAA